GUCAUCAUCUCCCAUGAAACUUUCUAGCCAUGCGAGUCACGGGAACAGCAGAUCAAGUGAGAGGCUCUCUCUGUCUCAGUGAUGGCACUAAGUUGGAUGGAGAACUAUUUGGGGAGGCUUGCGAUGUUGCAGGGGAAGUUGUUUUUCAGACUGGGAUGGUUGGCUACCCAGAAUCCCUCACAGAUCCCUCGUACAGGAAGCAGAUACUGAUCUUAACAUACCCACUGAUAGGGAAUUAUGGGAUACCGUCAGACGAGGAUGACGAGUUUGGACUCAGGAAGUGGUUUGAAUCUGCUCAGAUCCAUGUGGCAGCUCUGGUUGUGGCCGAUCUGUCCCUACAUUACAGCCAUUGGGGGGCUACUAAAUCUCUGUCAGACUGGCUCAAAGAAUACAAAGUGCCUGCCCUGUAUGGUUUGGACACAAGGGAACUUACCAAGAAAAUACGAGAAAAUGGAUCUAUGUUGGGCAAGAUUGUUCGAGAGGGCAUUGAUCCAGACUCUGUGCCAUUUUACGACCCCAAUGAACUCCAUUUGGUUGGAGAGGUGUCAUCAAAGGCCCCUGUGGUAUACAACAGUUCUGGAAAUGUUACAAUUUGCGCCAUUGACUGUGGUAUAAAGAACAAUCAGAUUCGUUGUCUUUGUGAAAGGGGAGCAAAGGUACUGGUUGUGCCCUGGGACUAUCCAAUCAACAGCAAAGAUUAUGAUGGCCUUUUUAUCAGCAAUGGGCCAGGGGAUCCGCAGAUGUGCGACAAGACAAUAUCAAACCUGCGACGGAUACUGGACGAGGACGAGAAUACAUAUAAACCUGUGUUUGGGAUCUGUCUAGGCCAUCAACUGAUGUCACUGGCUAUUGGGGCAAAAACCUACAAAAUGAAGUAUGGAAACAGGGGCCAUAACCAGCCAUGUAAAUAUGACCACCAGAGGGCGACACGGUGUUUCAUCACCACACAGAACCAUGGAUUUGCUGUAGAUGAGGCCACCCUAGCUCCUGGCUGGUCUUCCCUCUUCACCAAUGCCAAUGAUAAAACAAAUGAAGGAAUUGUACACAAUACCAAGCCAUUCUUCAGUACGCAGUUUCACCCAGAACACAUGGGAGGGCCACGGGAUCUUGAUAUCCUGUUCACAGUUUUCCUUGAUCAAGUACGCAACCACACACAAAAAGUCGCUGGGUAAGGGUUCUUGGAUUUUGAAUAUAUCAUCACUCUUUCUCAUGUAUCUUUCUUAAAUUCCAUAUAUAGGUUAUGUAUGAAUAAUUUUGAGUGACAAAAUGGCUGCCAGAUAUAUUUCAUCUGAAGAUUCAGCUUGGAUCCUUGAAGUGAAAGUUUCAUUAUCCCCUCUUGAUGAAGUCGGUGAGGGAAUUUUAUAGCAUUUGUUCAUACAUUCGUAUGUUCACUCCUUGCCAGUGGUCUAGCAUCUUCAUUUUCAACCAAAUUUCAAGUAAACUUUAGACAUUGGUCAAGUAGGGAUAUACCUCAAGCUCAUUCAUGUUUCAUGGUGCGAAAGUCAAGGUCAUUAUUGCUUUGAUAGAACGUCAGCGCUCUAUUGACUUUAUUUGCACUCAAUUUCAAGUAAACUUCAUACAUUGAUC